AGAUGAACAGUAGUAAAGUUAGAAUCUUCCAUCACCACCGCCCUUUUCUUGAACGAGUAUUUCUCAAUCUUAAUCUUUGCUGUGAAAUUUCCUCUUCUUUACCGUUACAAAGAUUCUGAAGAUUCCAUUUAUUGAUACCCAUUCUUUGGUUGCUGCGGAAUCACCCAAUUCUAGAAGAUUAUUGGUGUUCUGGAUUCUGGGUUCCUGCAAAUUCUCUGUUUAUAUAUAUAUAUAUAUAUAUAUAUCACAGGGCUGGGAAUCCUGGGAUUCAGAAAAGAUUUGAUUUUUAUUUUCUUGAAGCUUCUGAAGAUGGUAGCUUAGUAGGCCACAAAUGUCAUCUGCCUGCUGCCUCCCAAUUGUUGAGUGUGUGUACUGUUUGGGCUGUGCCCGUUGGGCGUGGAAGAAAUUCCUCUACACAGCCGGACGGGAAAGCGAAAACUGGGGCCUCGCGACCGCCAGCGAAUUCGAGGCGGUGCCCAGGCUGUGCAGGUACAUUCUGUCCGUGUACGAGGAUGACCUCAGGAACCCGCUGUGGGCCCCACCCGGAGGGUACGGGGUGGAUCCCAACUCGAUUGCUGUUCGAAGAACGUACGAGGACACUCAAGGGAAAGUGGCACCUUACAUGAUAUACCUCGACCACGGGAAUGCCGAAAUAGUCGUGGCCAUUAGAGGCCUCAAUUUGGCCAAGGAGAAAGACUAUCUUGUCCUCCUCGAUGACAAGCUUGGGCAGGCCGAAUUCGAUGGGGGUUUCGUUCACAAUGGCCUGUUGAAGUCCGCACAGUGGCUGUUGGAAACGGAUUCCAAGACAUUGGGAGAACUCAUCGCGAGAUACCCAAACUACACGUUGGCAUUUGCCGGGCAUUCUUUAGGGGCAGGAGUGGUGACAAUGCUGGCAAUGUUGGCUGUCAAGAACAGGGACAAAUUGGGGAACGUGGAGCGAAAUCGGAUCAAAUGCUUUGCAGUUGCCCCUACGAGGUGUGUUUCACUCAAUCUGGCAGUUAGAUAUGCAGAUAUCAUCAAUUCUGUUGUAUUGCAGGACGAUUUCUUACCUCGGACUACAGUAGGACAGGAAAAUGCCAUCAAGUCACUUUUCUGUUUCCCAUGUGUGCUCUGCAUCAAGUGCCUGAAAGACACAUGCACUAAGGAGGAGGCGAUGCUUAAAGAUCCAAGACGCCUUUAUGCGCCCGGACGUCUUUACCACAUCAUUGCCAGGAAACCCUUCAGCUUGGCGGAGAUAUCGCCUCUGGUGAGAACAGCAAUACCAGUGGAUGGACGGUUCGAACACAUUGUUCUUUCGCGAAACAUGAUGUCAGACCAUUCGAUUCUGUGCAUAUUGAAAGAAUCUCAAAGGGCACUAGAAGAAUUGCAGGAGAAAGAUCACGCGAUGAAUAUUCCCAGGGAGCAGAGAAUGGAGCGGCAGGCAUCUCUCGCCAAAGGGCACAUGGAAGAACACAAGGCAGCAUUGCAGAGGGCAGUUGCCCUGGACGUACCCGAAUCAUAUUCCCCUUCCUGUUAUGGCACAUUUCGCGAGCUUGAGAAAGGGGAGAUUUCAGAAGAAGGGAAAAAACCCCAAGAAUGAUGGCUGAGGAAGUCAUAUUCAUGGCAACACACAUUUAAAUCUGAUAUGAUAAUCACAGCUUAGGAAAAAUAAACACUAGUCUCUAAUAUAUAGCUCCAUGUGGUAUGUGAAAUUGGAAUUAAUUCAAAUAAUAUUUCUGUUAGAACUUUGGCAAAGAUUUUCUAAUUUUUUGCACCUAUCCCCCUAAUAAUAAUAUUAGCAUUAA